AUGGGCAUAGGUUGGAUUGAUGCAAGUGGACAACUGCAUUUUGAGGAUCGAUAUGCUGUUGGCUUUACAACACCAAACAAGGAUUCAACAACACAAGAUUGGUUUGGCUUGCAAGGUCGAGAGGAAAACAAUUGGACGGCCAUUCAAUUUAAGCGUGCAUUGGAUACAAAAGACUCCAUGGAUUAUCCUAUCCUACCAGGAAUAAAUAUUCUUCUAUUUGCCUACGGUCUCGUCGAUCCAAAUCCUGACAUAACAUAUCAUGAAAGUCGUCGCGUUACGCACAGGCUUCCUUUGUGGAAAGCUUAG